AUGAAAUGUAUAAAAGACGAAGCGGGGAAGAUUUUGACGGACGAUGAGGAAAUAAAAGAACGCUGGAAGAGAUACUUUAAUAACUUGACGAAAGAAGAAAAUGAAUGGAGCGGAGUGUUAGAAAAUGUACGAAGUAAUGAAGGAAUGGUGAAAGAGGUAAGUAUAGAGGAAGUGAAGAUGGCAGUGCAGAGUAUGAAGAAUGGAAGAGCAGUUGGGCCAGAUGGUAUACCAGCGGCAGUGUGGAAGUUUUUGAAGGCGGAUGGAUGGAAGUGGCUGACUUUAUUUUUCAAUAAGUUGCUCCAAGAAGAGGUUAUACCCAAGGAAUGGGUAUCUGAAGUGAGAGACCUGGGCGUUCUUUUUGACUGUAAACUAUCCUUUAAUUCUCACAUCGAGCAUAUAACUACAAAGGCGUACCGAAUGCUUGGCUUUGUAUUUCGAUGUGGUAGAGAUUUUAGAAAUUUUUUAGAACAAGAUUUGAAUCUAGAUCAAAAUUGCUUUAGUGAUAAUUUGAUAAGCUCGACGUACUCCGUGUGCAACGAAAAUGAUAGGCAAUCAGUAUAUUGUCUGAUGCAGCAUGCGAUGCGCUCGGCGCACGAGCGUCUGGAGAGUGUGUCGCGUGACCAGAGCUUGGUGAUCUCACAGUCUGAGCGGCAUCUCACUUGUGCAUUGUUGGCUUGGCAGCAACUCGGCCACAAGGACACUGAUAGCCUUUAUCAAUUUAUAGAGGAAAAUCGUAAGACCACUAGACCGUUUCAUGAGAAUUCUAAUAAUUCUAAUACUAAUUCAACUAACAAAGUUAGCGUUUCUUCUAAACAGUGCAAAGAUUUUUGUAAUGCAUCGCCAGAAUAUCCGACAUAUAAAGACAUUGACUCUUCGAAUUUCGACAUUAAGUCACUUAUGGGACCUGUGGUUAAAUUGCCAGUUGAAACGAAUAUUAUUAUGCGAUCAGAAUAUUCGCCAUGUGCUCGUCAUUCUGGAAAAAAAAUAUCACAGCAAACCAACACAGCGAAAGGUCAAAAUGAUAUGAAAAACAAAAUUGAUGCUGCGUGCUGUAUGGACUCUGUGUGUGUGCAACGCCUCGCGGAGCUAGACACAGCAGUCUGUGAAUUAAGAAGCCGAGCUGCUAGACUCGCUCGUCGGGAGGCUGAACGUGUCGAGCUGUUGGAGCGGGCUGAAGCCGCGUGGAAGGACUUAGAACUUGGUUAUCAGCGACGACUUGGCUUGACUGAAGAAAAAGAAGAUGAUUUGGCUAAGCAAAUCAAAAAGGUAAUAGACGAACGGAAUGGCUAUAAGGGCGCCUGCACAAAACUGGCGGAGAAACUAAAAGAGCGUGGUGAGGCUGCGGAGAAGGAGCGAGCUUGUCUGACGUUGAUCGAGAAGGAUUUAUGCGAUCGCGCCUGUGUGCGCCUGCGGUUAAGUGAAGAAAUUGUAAGGGGUGAUACUGCACUAGCUGAAGAGAUCUGCAGAGCGAAUCAAAUGGACAGAGAUAGACAAUUCAAAGAAGAUCAAAGUCGUAGAAAAGUAUCAUCCCUAGAAAGUGAAAUACAGUCGGCUCGAUGUUUGACGCAAGAGGCGGAGUGUGCGAUGCGCGCGGAACUCGCAGCUCUCAAGGAACAGGUUACACAAGUUUCAAAUCAACUCCUGUCUGAAGAGUCUGAAUGUAAUGCUAUUAAUGUUCAGCUUCAAGAGUUGAGAAAAGAAAAAGACGAUUUAUUAGAAGAUCUUGAUGGUUGUAAGUUAACGUGUGAUAAUCGAAUGCAAGGACGGCUAAACGAAUUAAAGCAGAAAAGAGAGGAAAUAAUGCAGUUGAAAGAAAAAGUCAUACAAUGUAAAUGCAAGAUUCCUCAAGACGUCGCCGUAGAAGUAAAGCGAACACCUUCAAUAGCUGCGCUUUGUCAGUGUACACCUGAAGACAAGUUACUGGAAUCUUGUUCAUGCACUUCUUUACGUACCCAACUGUUAUCUAAUUUACUGGCUGAUCUUUUUGGUGGACUUCAAUCAGAGUUGGGUGGAUCAGGUUCAUUAAUGCCUUGCCACUUAUUGAAAUGCCUUGAAGAUAAACAUAACUGGGACCGUUCCAGCGUAGUUAAAAUGAACCUGCGCAAUUUUUUCGAGCAAUUACUCGUUGGAGAGUUAGACAUUGCCAUUGCUACAUCUAUUGAAAAAUAUCAUGCAAAAUGGGUCGGUGCCUCUUGUGCUGAUCAAAUACAAAUGACGCCUGAUCCUGAAGAUACUAAUGAAGGUUGGCAGGAAAGAGCCAUAGAACGUCGAGCGCAAAAACUUGCUACAAAAUUAGCAGAGCAACUCUUCCAAGAAAGAGCUGAACAAGUUACAAAAAAAGCUAAAGAAAUAGCCACUAAGGGACCGCCUCCCUGUGAAUGCAAGACACAACCCGCAGUAUAUCAGUGUCUUGUCAAGAGGCCAAUUACAAAAUAUAGUCCAUUUAAAACUACCGAGAACACGCCAUCAUACUUUAAACGUGCAUUACAAGACGUCACUCAACUUAAAGUUCAAGUUGAAAAUCUGAAAAAGAGGACUGUAAAAAAAGAAGAUCUACGACAUAUGGAAGAAAAGAUAACAAAAAUACUUAAACAAUCUUCGGAUUUGUCGAAUAUUACCCAAGCAAACAAAAAAAUUAAAACUAUUAAAGAAACUGAUGAAAGAAUUAAGCAAAACACAAAAAAUAUUAGCAAAAUCAAUACAUCUGACAAUAAGACGCAUACUACGAGACAAAGUAUAGACGAAUCAUGCAAUUAUAUUAGUGGUUAUGUAAAGGAAAAACCUGGCAAACCUUUAAAAAAAAAUGAACCAUCAUAUGCUGUAAACUUAUGUUUAUGCGGAGCACAAAAUAAUUUGACUCAAGGAUCUACAAAUAAUACAGAUUUUCAACCAACUUUAAAACAAAAUAAAACAAAAAACCAAGUGAAAAUUAUGCCUGCGGUGACGCCAAAAACGUCGAAUAUUGAUACGAGAACACAACAAUUUUCAACAAAGAGCCAUUGUCCUAGUAACUGUGUUUGUUUCCAUAAAAUUCCGUCUAAUACAUCUAUUGAAAGACUAUUAGAUUGUUUAAUAAAAUGGAACGGAAACACAAAUAAUACGCACGAUAAGGCAAUAAUAUGCAAUGAAAGAAAAGGAGGUCAAAUUAGUAACAAUGAAUUUAAUUCAAACUUAAGCACACUUACAAAAGGUGAUAAGCCUGCCGUAUAUUCUAUUAUUAAUGAAUUGGAAAACAAUUUACUAAAAAAUAGUUAUAUUGAAAAUUACGAUAAAGGCACGAAUCAUGAUACUUUACCAGCUACUACGGAGUCUGAAUAUAUUGGUGCUAUUAAUUUAGACAAAAGUAAUGACAAUUUUUCUAAAUAUGUGAGUAAUAAUUAUAAACUAAAAUGUGGUGAUGGACAUGAAAUAUCCUAUGGUAAAAAGCCUUUAGAAGUAAAACGCGACCAACAUUCUUUAAAGAAUUGUGAUAUAGACCUUAAAAAAGAAUCUAAGGUUUAUUCCAUGAAGGAACAUAGAAGUAAGUACAGUUCUCAAUUUAAAUGUGCUGAAAAGAUACAAAAUUCUGAUUAUAAUGCAAGUAAACAAAGCUUAGAAAUUAGCGGGGUAUCAUACGUUGACGACGUCUUAAAAAAAUCAGAUAUAAUACCACGUGAAUGUGAUUAUUGUGUAAAAUUUUUGGGAGUGACUCUUACAAACAUAAAAGCGACACCAACCAUUACAAAAACCUACGAAGAAAAAAAUAUAGUUCUGGUUCCUGAAGAGAGCCGCUUUAGUCGUGGUGUAAGAAAUAUGGGUGAGAUUGAAAAAAAUAAGCCGAUAAAUUCUCGGUUACAAUACAAAUCUGAUAAAAGUAUGACGGAAAUAGUUUCAGAUCCAUUAUGCGAUUCCAUAGAAAAAAACAAAGUUGUGAAGAAAAUGUCAGACGUAAUAGAAGAUGAGGAAACGAAAUGUGUUUGUUGUGAUAAGGAAGAAUUGAAUGAUUUAGAAAUAAACAUGUUUACUUUGCUUGAAGAACAUUUGAAAGAAAAAUUAGAAGAAUUUCAAACUUCCUCGUGUAUAUCCACGUGUAUACCAGUUGAGGAAGAAAAAGUACUGCUAUCUAAAAUAUUAGGUAAAGUUAAGGUAUUACUUUCAGAAAAUUCCAAUAAAUUAAUUUGUAAAUCUAAUGAACUUAAAAUCAGCGAGGACAGUUGGAAUAGAACCUACGGCUUGUUACAAGAAUAUUUAAAAGUAAAAAUGAAAAGAGUUCAUCGUGCUUGUAUUUCUAACAACAACAAUUCACAGAAAUGUUUACCAGUUAUAUUAGAUCAAGUUUGUAAUUUGAUUGAAGAUGAUUUUCAACGUUUAAAAGCAAUAUGUAAAUGUGACAAUAAAAUUAUCAGAGCAAAUUCAUCUCUUAAAAAAUUAAAUGAGCAGAUGACCGAAACACUUUUAGAAUGUAAAGAUAUGGAUGUUCAAUUUGAUAAUAGCAAAAAUAAUAGUCUAUAUGAGAAAAAUACAGAAAAUACUUCAACACAGGUAAUAUAUAUUCCUUUUAAUAAUAAUAAGUCGUGUGAAGUUAUGUAUGAUGGUUCAAAAAACACUAUAAAUACAGCAGAAAAAAAAGUUUCUUGCGAAUUAAAAAAGGGUUUCAUAACAGAUUGCAGUUGCUAUGCAGUCAAAUCACGCUAUUUAUAUGAUAGCCGUACAUAUAACCAAUGCACGAAAUUAUUGAUUAAUAAAACUUUAAAAGCAGAAAGUGACAAGUUUGAAUUAACCGACAUAUACAAUAAAGAGCCGACGAAAAUUUUAUCAACUUCAGUGAAAGAAUGUCUUAAAUUACCUAAAGAUACGAGUAUUGUUAAUUUAUUGGAAACUAAAGUAUCUUAUUCAUCUUUUAAUAAAGGAUGCAAAUUAAAAUGUUUAUGUGACUGUACAUUUGGUAUAUGUUAUUGCACUAAAUCAUUGGUAGAAACAUGUCGUAGAAAAAAAUGUCGUGUCUGGAAAUCGCUUUCUAUGGUAGAUAACAACGAAAGUGUAACCUGUGGCAUUGAUAAAAUAAUGUAUGAAAAAAAAUCGAAACAUGUUAAUACAAGCAAUGAUAGGACUUCUCAAACAGAAAGUAUUAGAAAUUAUUGUAAUGUUGAAGUAAUGACGACUAAUAAUGAACACGAAGUUGUGCUUAAAUAUUCAAAAGAGAGGCGUGGUAGUUAUGCCUGCAAUGAUCAAGCUAAUAAUAACGAUGACUAUGUAACAGAUGCUGAAUUAAAUAAAGCUAUGCUUUUAAAUUCUUUACAUAUUCCCACUGAACAAUUACCAGAGCAUAGUCAAUAUACAAACUUUAAAGAAAAUCAUACAAAGAACCCUGAACUAGAAAAUUGUGAAUGUAAAAAGGUUCCUUUAUGCCAUGUUAAAAUGUUAGUAGAGAGUAUUGAACAAAAGUUAGUGCAAUCAAAGUGUACUUUAUUCGCGAAAAUGGAAGAAAAAAAAGAAGUUAAUAAAAAAAGAAGUAAUCCAAAUAUAUUGUCUAAGCUGUUUAUAUGUUGGAUUUGUCCAGUUCUUUUUAAAGGAAAUAAAAGGGAUGUUGAAGAAGAUGACUUGAUUAUUCCUAACAAACAAUAUGAUUCUGAUAUGCUUGGUGGUAAACUAGAAAGGUAUUGGUUAGAGGAGUAUGAAAGAGCUAUAAAUGAUAAACGUGAGCCUUCACUUUCGAAGGCCCUUGCGAAAGCAUUUUGGUUAGCCUAUCUUCCUGGAGCCAUUUUUCUUUUAAUUAAUACAACAGCGAGGACUGUACAACCUUUACUGUUUUCUGAGCUUCUAUCCUACUGGUCUGCUAAUUCAAGCCAGUCAAUAACCCAAGAACAAGCGGGUUAUUAUGCGAUUGGCAUGUUGGGGCUUAAUUUAGUUGCUUCCUUAAGUCAACAUCAUAAUACUUUAUUUGUAAAUCGCUUCAGUUUGAAAAUGAAAGUAGCAUGCUCAGCUCUUAUUUAUAGAAAGGUACUGCGUAUGAGUCAAGUCUCCAUUACCGAGGUAGCAGCUGGGAAAUUGGUGAAUUUGUUAGCUAAUGAUGUAGCUCGAUUUGAUAUGGCAUUUAUGUUUCUGCACUACAUAUGGUUGGUCCCAGUGCAAUUGGCGGUCGUAAUGUACUUCUUGUAUGAAGCUGGUGGUUAUGCCCCAUUUGUUGGACUUUUCUCUGUAAUGCUUUUAAUUUUGCCAAUUCAAGCCAGACUUACCAAACUUACUGCUAAAAUUAGAAGGACAGUCGCUCAGAGAACGGAUAAGCGAAUUAAGUUAAUGAGUGAAAUUAUAAGUGGCAUUCAGGUUAUAAAAAUGUAUGCCUGGGAAAAAUCUUUUCAAAAUAUAGUGAAGAUGACCCGUGCCUUCGAAUUGGCUGCUCUCAGAAAAUCGAUUUUUGUAAGAAGCGUCUUCAUAGGAUUUAUGAUGUUCGCAGAGAGAAGCACCUUGUUCCUAACAUCUUUGACUUACAUUCUUUCUGGAAAUUUACUUCGAGCUGACAUUAUAUAUCCCAUUAAGUUAUUUCUUAAUAUAGUCCAGAUGAAUUUAACUUUUAUUUUACCUCUUGCGAUUGCCAGUCUAUCCGAGCUGUUUGUCUCUUUAGCACGAAUACAAAAUAUAUUGAUAAUGGAUGAAAGAGAAGAUUUAUCACUAUUAGCGAAAUCUACAGCACCUGUAAGUCUUUCAAACCUCACAAAGAAAAUGUCGACUGUUGGUUCCAGUUCAAUAGUCGCUAGAAAAUAUUCGACUGUGGAAAAUACUAGACCUUCCAUUGUUAGUCCAGAAUCAGAAGUAGUAAGUGAAUAUAUAGUGGAACUAUCCGGCGUUAGCGCUUCUUGGGACUCAUCUAAAAGCCCUGAAGAAAUGACACUUAAGAACAUAACAAUGCACUUGGAAAAGGGAAAGUUGUGUGCUAUUGUUGGUACCGUAGGCUCCGGAAAGUCUUCUCUCUUGCAAGUGCUUCUUCGUGAAUUACCAGUAACGAGUGGUAAUUUAGCAGUCAAAGGUAGCUUAUCUUAUGCUUGUCAAGAGUCUUGGUUAUUCCCCGCCACAGUGAGAGAAAACAUACUAUUUGGGUUGCCGUAUGAUGUGAAUAAAUACAAGCAGGUCUGUCGAGUAUGCUCCCUUUUGCCUGAUUUCAAGCAGUUCCCUUAUAGUGAUCUGUCGUUGGUAGGGGAGCGAGGUGUGUCACUAUCGGGGGGACAAAGAGCCAGGAUUAAUUUAGCGCGAUCUAUUUAUAGAGAGGCCGAUAUAUAUUUAUUAGACGAUCCGUUAUCUGCAGUAGAUGCUAAAGUAGGUCGGCAGCUAUUUGAGGGAUGCAUACAAAAUUACUUAAGUGGACGUACACGCAUUUUGGUCACGCAUCAAAUACACUUUCUCAAGGCCGCCGAUAUUAUUAUUGUUCUCAGUGAGGGUUCAAUUAAAAAUGUGGGUUCGUACGACGAUCUGGUAAAAUCGGAAAUAGAAUUUUCUUCUAUAACAUCCAACGAUAAAGAGUAUAAUGUUGAAGGUAAAAAAGUAAGUGAAAUUACUGAUCGUCCAACGGUAUUGGAAUAUAGUGUGUCACGAGUUUCAAUCAAAAGUGACGAUGAUCCGCGAGCAGAGAAGGAACAAAUAUUACAAGCAGAGGAAAGGGCUAAAGGAAAUAUAAAAUGGACAGUUAUAAGGAAGUAUUUCCAAUCGGUUAACUCUUGGUUCAUAGUCAUGAUAGCCAUUUUCUUUUUAAUACUAACUCAGGCCGGAGCCACAUUGUCAGAUUACUGGAUAAGUUAUUGGACGAAUGAGGUAGACAACUACGAAACAUCGUUACAACCUGGAGAAGAACCUAAUCCGGGUCUAGGCACGCAAAUGGGUCCUUUAACAACAGGUCAAUACUUAGGGAUCAGCGGUGGCGUAGUUUUGUUUAUCAUAAUCAUGACGCAAUUGAGAAUAACUGCUUUCGUCGUUAUGACAAUGCGCGCCUCUCAGAACUUACAUGACUUAAUGUUUAAGAAUUUGCUCACAGCCGUAAUGAGAUUCUUUGAUACAAAUCCGUCCGGUCGAGUUCUCAACAGAUUCUCGAAAGAUAUGGGCUCAAUGGACGAAAUGUUGCCACGGAGUAUACUAGAGAUGAUCCAGAUGUACUUCUUCUUGGCGAGUGUUCUCGUUCUCAAUGCGCUGGCGCUGCCAUGGACGUUAAUACCCACCGCAAUACUGACGACAAUAUUUAUUUUAAUGUUGAGAUGGUAUUUAAAUGCAGCCCAGGCUGUUAAAAGGCUAGAGAGUACCACUAAGAGUCCAGUAUUUAGUAUGAUAAAUUCGACCAUAUCUGGUUUGUCUACAAUCAGAAGUUCUAAUUCUCAAUAUCGGCUGUUAAAAGCGUUCGACGAUGCUCAGGAUCUCAAUUCCAGUGCGUUUUUCACCUUUAUAGGCGGUACAAGUGGUUUUGGGCUUUUCUUGGAUUUACUAUGCCUUGUAUAUCUUGGUAUUAUAAUGGCUGCAUUUAUUUUGAUAGAUUUCGGAUCUCUACUAGCUGUUGGCAGCGUGGGCCUGGCGGUUAGUCAGUCUAUGACUCUGACAGUGUUUCUGCAGAUGGCCGCGCGCGUUACAUCUGACUUGCUCGGGCACAUGACCUCAGUCGAGCGCGUGCUGGAGUACUCCAACUUGCCCGCCGAAGAAAACAUGGAAAAUGGGUCAAUUGAAUCGCCUCAGAAUUGGCCGUCAGCUGGGAAAAUUGAGUUUGAAAAUGUUAGCUUAAAAUAUGGAAUUGAAGAUCCACCGGUUCUGAAAGAUUUAAAUUUUGUAAUAAAUAGUGGAUGGAAGGUCGGGAUCGUCGGUAGAACAGGAGCCGGGAAGUCUUCACUCAUAUCCGCUCUAUUCAGACUUUCCAACAUCGAGGGUAGUAUUAAAAUAGACGGUAUUGAUACCUCUGGAGUUUCUAAAAAGGAAUUGAGAUCAAAAAUAUCAAUUAUACCGCAAGAACCCGUUCUAUUCUCUGCUACACUGCGAUACAAUCUUGAUCCGUUCAAUCAGUACAGCGACGAUGAAAUCUGGAAAGCUUUGGAAAAAGUGGAACUAAAGGAUGCAGUGCCAGCAAUUGAUUUCAAUGUAACAGAGGGUGGAACAAAUUUCUCGAUGGGUCAGCGACAGCUCGUGUGCCUCGCGCGAGCGAUUUUGCGCAACAAUAGGAUACUAGUCAUGGAUGAGGCCACCGCUAAUGUCGAUCCGCAAACGGAUGCAUUAAUACAAAAUACAAUACGCCGUCAGUUCGCCUCUUGCACGGUGCUCACAAUCGCGCACCGCCUUCACACCGUGAUGGACUGCGACCGCGUGCUCGUGAUGGACGGCGGGCGCGUCGCGGAGUUCGACCGCCCCUACACUCUGCUUUUAAACCCCAAAAGUUUGCUCAACCGCAUGGUCAAAGAGACUGGAGAGGGCAUGAGUAACGUACUCUUUGAAACUGCCAAAGCAAAGUUUCAGAACGAUGUCUCGUAGCAACCAGUGUGACUUCUGAACUGUUUUUGUUGCAAUGUGUAGCUUAACGAACAUAGUUUCAUUUCAAUGUAAUAAUUAUUCUUAUAAAUAUUGCAGACAAUUAAAA